AUGCCGCAAGUAGAGAUCAACGUGGACCUUAACCUCCCGCCAUCUCUCCAGGAGACCAUCAGGGCCGUGCAGCAGCUCUCCAGCGGGAAAGCACCCGGAUCGGACGCAAUCCCUGCCGAUGUCUACAAGCACGGAGAUCCCCAACUGAGGGAUCAGUCGACUGCGCUCUUCCAAGAGAUGUGGCGUCAAGGUGAAGUUCCGCAAGAUUUCAAAUACGCAGUCAUCGUGCAUCUCUACAACCGCAAAGGGAAUCGCCAAGUCUGCGACAGUCACCGCGGCAUCUCCCUGAUGAACAUCGCCGAGAAGAUCUUCGCACGAAUCCUCCUCAACCGCCUCAAUAACCAUCUGGAACAGGGCCUUCUGCCGGAAAGCCAAUGCGGCUUCCGUCCUCAUCGUGGGACCACGAUAUGA